AUGGGCUCGGGAAUCCUCUUCUCGUACCCCCAGUUGGCUACCCUUGCCGGCCUGCAGGGCGUCAUCGUCUACGCCCUUUCUUCUGCCUGCCCGCUGCUGAUCUUCGCUGCCCUCACCCCGAUCAUCCGCAGGAAGUGUCCUGAAGGGUUCGUGCUCACCGAGUGGACGAGGCAGCGAUACGGCGCCCUCGCCGCCCUCUACCUGGGCGCCUUGACUCUGCUUACCCUAUUUCUGUACAUGGUUGCCGAGCUGUCUGCGAUCGGCCAGGUCGUCGGCGCGCUGACGGGGCUGGAUGGCCUGCCUGUCGUCAUCGUCGAGUGCAUCGUGACGACUAUCUACACCUCGCUGGGCGGGUUCAAAAUCUCCUUCCUUACCGACAAUAUUCAAGGAGCCAUGAUCUGCUGUCUGAUCCUCAUCGCCACCAUCACCAUCGGCGCAAGAACGGAGAUCCGACCCGAGUUAAUCGCCGAUUCUGGAUUGCUCAACCCGAGUCUUAUCGGAUGGCAGAUCGUCUAUAUCCUGCCCGUCGCCAUACUGACCAACGACUUCUUCCUCGCCAACUAUUGGCUGCGCGCCUUCGCUUCCAAAACAGACAAGGACCUCUGGAUCGGCAUCUCGUCCGCCAUGAUCGUCAUCCUGAUCGUCUUGACCUUGGUAGGGUGCACAGGUCUGAUUGCCGUAUGGUCGGGAGCUUUUCCCGGGGAUCCGCCGAUGGAGGACGGCUCGGUCGCCUUCUUCCUAUUGCUCGAGCAAUUGCCUAACUGGGUCGUGGGUAUCGUCAUAGUCAUGGCGGUCUGUCUCAGCACGGCGGCAUUUGACAGCUUGCAGUCUGCCAUGGUGUCCUCCGCCUCGAACGACGUCUUCCGCAACCGCCUCAACAUCUGGUGGAUUCGCGGCGCGGUGGUGUUGGUCAUCAUCCCCGUAGUCGUUCUCGCGCUCGAGGCGCCAAGCAUACUGCAGAUCUACCUGAUAUCCGACCUCCUCUCGGCUGCCACGAUUCCGGUCCUCGUGCUCGGGCUGUCCGAGCGCUUCUACUGGUGGCGGGGCUUUGAAGUUGUGGUCGGUGGAUUGGGCGGGGUCCUGACCGUAUUCAUCUUUGGGACCAUCUACUACGGUGACGCCCAGCUGGGCGGGGAGCUCAUCCUCCUACAGCAAGGGCUGUAUAGCGGCGAUUGGGGCGCCUUCGGAGCUUUCAUCGCUGCGCCCGUUGGUGGGCUGCUGUGGGGAUUCGGCGCCCUAGCGGCGAGGUUGACGGUGCAAUUCGCCAUGUCGAAGGCGAGGGGAACCCGUUUUGACGCUCUCGAUUACCCCAUCGACGUGCCCCAGGAGGAAUCCGACAUCUCGGCUGACGCGGAGGAAGAGGCCAUAACCUCGAAGAUCACAGGGAAAUUCUUUUAG